UUUUAAAUUAUAACUUUCAAAGAUAACAAGAAUUACUAACUAACUAUUUAAGCAUUAAUUUAAAAUGACUGAAAAAACACUUUUAGUAGAUAACCCAUUUUCUUUAGAAACCAAUCCUAAAAGAUUAGUUCAAAAACUUGAAGUUUAGGAAUAAAAGGAAAGAGUAGCUGAUAUGGAAAUAAGCGAAAGAUUAUAUUCUAAAACUAAAAUAUCCAAGAAAUUUGGUAUUAUAAGAGCACUGGAUGAGGAAGCUGAAAAAAUGGCUAAGGCUAGAGAAGAAACCUUAGCAAGAGAUUAAAAAAGAGAAGAUGAAAAAAGAAAGGCAAAAAGCGUUUUAAUAUGGGAUAGCUCAGACAAUGAUAUUAGAAAAUAAAUCAAUAGAAUCAAUAACAUACUUAAAGAAAAAAGAGAAACAAUAGCAGAGUUUAUCAAAAAAAAGAGGGAAAUAUGUCUUUCAAAUAUGAAUAUCUAUAAUAAAAAGGAAGAGACUGAAAGACUUGAAGAUUUUAUUAAAAAUGAAAAAGAGUCUUUAAAAGCAAGAAAAUUUUAUUUCGAAAAUGAUUGGACUAUGGUUAAUUAAUUCAUUAAGGAGGUAGAAAGUGAUGCAAAUGAAGCUUAAAAGGAAGCAGAAAGAUAAUAGAAAGAAAAAGAAAAAAAUAAGGAAAAAUGGAAUUAGCUUUAAGGAGAAGUUGAAAGAAUAGAAUAAAAAAUAUCAAGAAAAGAAGAAGAAUAUAAAACUCUUUUAACAUAUAAGCAAUUUGUAGAUAAAAUUAAAGUAAAAUACUAAGAAAUAUAUGGCUCAGAUAACAAUUAUCUAGAUGAUAAAAACAAGUAAAAAUAAGGAAAUAGUAAAGAUGGAAAUGAUUUUUUAUAUCUUACAUAACCAAAUUAGGCAGCAGGAGCAGCUGCAGCAGAAAAUUCUUAAUAGGCUAGUGCUUUAAAUAACACUAAAUCAAUUUAUGUUAUUCCAUUUACUCCUGCAUAACUCAAAGAUAUUUUAAAUCAUAUUUAAGAGAAAAAUUUAUAUUAUUGUUAAAACAACAAUGAGUCUGAAGAAGAAUACGAAAAUAAAAAGAAAGAAAAAAAUAGAUUGGAGGUUAAACUAGAAUAAAAAAAGAAUGAAAAUAGAGAGAGAAUAAAAGAGCUAGAAAAAUAAAGAGAAAUUGCUUAAAGAAGGAGAUAAAAUUUGAUAAGUUUAAAAAAGUUCAAUGUUAGUAAAGUAUAAAUUUCUGAAGGAGAAGACUUAGAUAUGCAAAAAAUUGGAGAAAAAAUUUAUUAAAUUGUCAAAUGUAUAGAAGAAGCUGAAAAUAAAGUAUCGAAGGGAGCCAGUGAUACGAUUUAAAAUAUUGAUCUUUUAUCUAUACUCUCAAAUUAGAAUAUAGAUACAAAAGAGAUGAGAAAUUAGAUGCAUGUAAAAAAAAAAAUUACUUUUAUUCCUUUAUUAAUUUUUUUGGAAUUUUCAUUUAAAAUAUAAUUUAGAUAAUAGAAAAGAAGUUAGAGAGUAUUACAAAGUAUAGAGAAAAUUAUAUUAAUGAAAGCGAGGAAAAUGCUAAAAGAGUUUUAGAAAUUGAAAAAGGAAUUAAAUAAAAUAGAAGUAGAUAAAUACAGUAAUAGUAACAAAAGCAAAAUGUUGAAAGUCUAAAUUAAAAAUUAAAAGAGAGAGAAAAUAAUUUAAAUAACAGAAGAAAGGGAAGAACUAUAAUGGAAAGAACAAUAAUUUAAAAGAAUGUUGUAUAAAAGUAAGAGAAUCUAAUAGACGAUCAAGAUGAUGAUGAAAAGUAUUUCAAUGAAGAUUAUACUUUUGGAAAUGAUUUCAUAAAGUAAGAGAAAAAGCUCAAUCAAAAAACUAACAUGGUUAACCAAUAAUAAAUGGAUAAAAAGAAUUCUAUUUAAUGAAUAAAACAAUUAAUUAUUUAUUUAUUUAUAUUUUUUAUAAACUUAAACAAAUGUAAAAUAAAAAAUUUCUAAAGAAAUUAAUUGUUUUAGCUAUCUAAACUUUCUUUUUAUAAAAAUUUGUACAAAAUCAUCAAAAACAUAAAUUAUUUAGCUAUUUAUCAUAAAUACUAUUUAUCGAAAAUAGACGAGUAUAUAGUUAAUAUUUUUAAAUUAAUUACUCUAAAAAAUUAAAUUUAAAUCAAAUUUGUUAUAAAAAAAUUCAAUAUUUUUACAAAAUCUAAUUUUUUGUGCUCAUAUUUAAAUACUAUUAAAAAUAAUAAUAAUAAAUUGUUUGAUUUAUUUUUAUCUUAAACAAAACUUAUCAAUUUUGAAAGGUGAGUUUUCAAAGAUUUUAUUUGUUUUAAAAAGACAUAUUUACCUUUUUAGAUAAAGAUUUAAUUAAUUAUUAAAAAAGAAUUUCCAAUUUAAAAAAUAAAUUUCUUUUAAAACAAUUAAUUAAAAUUUUACAAUAAAUAAAAUAUUUGAAUACAUAGAUAGAUAGGACAACCUUUAAGACUUAAAAAGAAAUUUAUCUUUAAUAAAAAUUACAGUUUGUUUUAUAUAAAUAAAUUUUUAAAUGAAAUAAAUAGCUAGUUAAUAUCUUUUUAUUUUACUUAAUCUAAACAAUUUUAUAUUAUUAAAUUAUUUUAUUUCUGGGUCUUUUAUUAUUUUUUAUCAGAAAAAAUCACUUUUUUAAGUUUUUAUUAAAUUUACGGAAGACAUAUUAAUUGCUAAAAUAAUCAAAAUUAUCUCAACUAGAUUUAAAUAAAUAUAUUGUGUACUUAAAUGA